AUGCCGUCGUCCUGCAAAGAAAUUCGUGCCGAACUUAUUGAAUGCAUGCUAAAAUCAAACUGUGUUUUGGUUAAGCGUAACACAGUGGCAGACUGUUUCAAGUCUGAACAUGCCGACGAUGUCCCUGCAGAAUGUCAGAGCAUUCGCAAAAGUUACGCAGAAUGCCGUCGGGGAAUGAUCGACCCACGUAAACGAUUCCGCGGCAAUGCCACGCAAUAA